AUGAAUACGUGUGCAGCGUUUGACAAUGAUCCAUUUUUUUCCGAUGUAACUCAAUUGCCUGAGUUCUCACUCACUCCACGCGCGAAAAAUGAUAAUCGUAAUCAAAAACCGGGUCAAAAUCCACCGAAUAACAGCAAUCAAAAUUUAGAUUUGUUCGGAGAUACCUUUGCAUUUAUGGAAAGUCUUAUGAAUACGGUGGGACAAAACAUGAAUCAGAUACAAGCAGCAAUGGCGAAUAAAAAUCUAGUUAAACCGCAGGGUCAGCAGGUUUCAUUCUCGACAUCGGCAGUGACCAGGACGAAGAAGGAAAAUGGCGGCAAGCCAAGGGUGAUCCAAGCAACAUGCGACCAAUUUCGUGGACCUGACGGUCUUGAGCGCACACGAAAAGCUGUUCGUGAUACAGGGCGUGGUAUUGAGAAAGCCGAAAUAUCUCAUCGACUUGGUCAACGCGGUCAUAAGAUAACAAAAGAACGUGAUCCGAAGAGUGGAAAACUACUUGAGAAUCGUGAAGUUGAACACGUAGAUGACGAAAAUCAAUUUGAACGUGAAUGGUUGAGUCGAGCUGAGCAAACAGGCUUAAAAACCAUUCGUGAAAACGGUUUUAAUUCUCAUGCUGAUAAGUUUUUAACCAGACCACCUGUCAUUGAAUCACCUCCGCCACAAUGCUCACAAACAAUUCGUGCGUCUACUGAAUCCACGCCGGCACCAAGGAAAACUAGUUCACCUCGCAAACCAUCUCAAUUCAAAGAACCUAAAAAGAAAUGA